AUGGAGCGGUUUAUUGGUAUUGUUCAUGUUCGUGAUACUAGUGCUUUGUCCCUAAGAAAUGAAAUUGUUGGUUUACUUGCUCAACAUUCUUUAAGCCCAUCUUAUAUACGUGGACAAUGUUAUGAUGGAGCAAGCAAUAUGCAAGGAGAUUUAAAUGGGCUUAAAAUAUUGAUACAAAAAGAAAGUAAAGGUGCUCAUUCUAUUCAUUGUUUUGCUCAUCAACUCCAGUUAACUCUUGUUGCGAUUUCUAGAAGAUGUGAUGAAGUGCAGGAACUUUUAUCGUUGGUUUCUGAUAUAUUAAAUAUGGUUGGAGCUUCUUUCAAGCGUAGAGAUGAACUUCGUGAAUCUCAAGCAAAAGAAAUUAAAGAAGCAUUACGUAAAGGUGAGCUUGAAACUGGUAGGGGCUUGAAUCAAGAAUUAGGUCUUGCUCGAGCCGAUGAUACUAGAUGGGGAUCUCACUACAAAUCCUUUAAAAAUUUUAUUCUUAUUUUUAGUCCUAUCAUUGAUGUACUUGAUGCUAUUGCUGUUAAUGCCCGUUUUGAAGAAAAGUGUAGGGCAAAGGAUAUCUUAAAGCAUGUUUAA